AUGAGAGCGCUGGAGACCGAGGUAUCGCGGUUACGGGAGGCCUACACAACAGAGAUCGCAGAGGCCAACACUUCAAUUCGACAACACAAAGAGAUGAUGCAUUCAAUUCGAGAGGAGAACGAAAUCCUGAAGGAAAUCCUCGCAGCGCACGGAAUUCAAUACGAAGCGGAUCUAGAGCGCCGCCGGGCGGAGCGCCCACCGAUGAUGGCCUUCAAAUCUAGCCCUGUGACUGUCACUGGCAGCAGCACUACUUCGCAGACUGCCCCUCUCGCCCAUUCGGCCAGCAACCACAACACAACCCCCGCAACGACUAUCUCAUCCGGUAUGAGUCCCCGCGCCAAUGGCAUAGAUCACUCUGCGGUGUCGCCCCCGAUCGGAUAUCCGUCCCACCAGCAAGUGUACCACACGGGUGCCGGCGAGCAUUCCAUGAGCAUGGAUCAUUCGUCGUGCGCACCCGUUGAUACAAUGCAGCCAAUGCCAGCAAAGGGAGGUGUCUUUGAGUCGGAUCCCCAGCUACAGGUUGAUUUCAUCCUAACACUUGAAGGCCCCUGCCGCGAACACACGGACUACCUCUGCCGGCGGUCGAUCACAGAAGCCGACGACGAAGACAUGCCGUUUUCCGGACACGCCCUGAUGGCAACGUGCCCACCGCCCAGCUACAUUGCGAAAACGACACACGAACAACCAUACCCGCACAAGGCGCCGGACCUCCCGCACGCGAACCUCAGCACGCUGCUCAACCUCAGCCGACAGCUCGUGACAGAAGGACAGAUCACGCCCAUUAUGGCGCUGCAGUGUCUCAAGAACCACGAGCUGUACACGACGCUGCGGCGCGACGACAUCAAGAUCAUCAUCGACACGCUCAACACGAAGGUCCGCUGCUACGGAUUCGGUGCUGUCGUCGAGGACUUCGAGUUGAUAGAUUGUCUGAGCAGCGUGCUCGGCACGAAGGUCGAUCUCGGCAUGUCCGGCAGAGCCGAUGACUCGAUGUAUCGUUGA